AUGUCCAUCUUCCUUCUUCUCGUCCAGCUUUGCGCCGUCAUCAGGCCGACCCGACCCAAAGCUCAGAUUCUCGCGCGGCAAGACAUUGACAUGCUCUGCAGUCGGACGUUCAUGAGAAGUAGCUUCAACUCCGUCCGUGACUCGGAUAUCAUCAACUCUCAACACCGCCAUCGGCGCAUACGUCCUCUUCCCUACCCCUCUUCUCGAGACCGUAUGAACGGAUCCAUCCAUCUCAGAAAGAUGGACGCACCUAGCACGCUGAGCACACCGGUGUGCACAACGAUGAAGGCAAAGAUCAUGACCGGCUCGGAUCGUACGGCGAUGCAAGAUGGCCACCACGCUCUCAAAAGAGAAGAAGUCGUCUUCCAGACACCGGGCGGUCCGAUGCCAGACGUCUUCGCCAUCAGCACGCUGAGGUCAAGGCGACUGAAGAAUAGUCCAGAUCCGGCGCCAAUGCCGCCGGGAAUGCCGACGGGUGUGAGCGAGUGUGAGACCGACAGCUAUGCCGCCAAGAUGACCGAGCAGUUGAACAAGAAUCCGCGGUGUCAGACGAGAUCGUCAGCACACCCGACAAUGCGUGCGACUGUCGUCAUAAGCGAGCACGCCGGUAUCAUGCAUGAACCCACCGAUCGCAGUUCACGCCGAUGA